CCUCCAUAGCUCCCUUCCCCUCUCUGCCUGGUUUGCUUUUUACCUCCUCCCUUUGAGCAUCCUAUGAAAGCCGCAGUGACUAGCAGCAGCAGCAUCCAUGGCCUAAACACGCACGGUCGAGCAUUAGGCAGGCGACAGCCACUGGGAAUCUCUUGAGCACGGCCGUCGUGUGCUGCCUAUCUAGCUCUCCAUCUGCUAACCAGGGGCUUCUUCCCCUCCUCCUGUCGUUGCAGGCUCCUUGGAGAUAGAGGAAUGCAAAUCUGCAAUCAUGAUGGAAGGACUGAAAAAACGUACCAGGAAAGCCUUUGGGAUACGGAAAAAAGAGAAGGACACUGAUUCCACAGGUUCACCAGACAGAGAAGGAGACGAGCAAAAGAUUAAAUCAGCAGUCAUACAGUAGGAAAAGAACAAGCUAACAACCUCCACUCUUUACAUUUUGCCACAGAAGAAGAGCAAUGGGGCUCCCAACGGAUUCUACGGCGAGAUUGACUGGGACAGAUAUAACUCUCCCAUGGUGGAUGAAGAAGGUUAUAGCAUCAGGCCAGAUGAAGAUGGUGCAACCCCUAAAGACAAAUCCCACUUCUUCUCAUCCAGUGAGUCAGAGGAAGAAGAGGACCACCGGAAAAAAUUUAAGAUCAAGAUCAAACCCUUGCUAGCUGACAAUCCUGACUUUGUGACUCCUUCGGUAGAUGAAUUAAAAGCCUCUAUAGGCAACAUAGCUCUGUCUCCUUCUCCUCUGAAACGUAGCCCGGGUCUGGCAAAAAGAGAGGUGCCUAGUGUAGAAAUUGAAAUUGCACGACCAAGACGUUCAGUUCGCACCGUUACUCCAGCCUCAGUCCCCACACCUGCACCUGCAGCUGCAACUGCUCCUACACCCGUACCAGUAUCGGUACCAGAAACUCCAAGAAGUAAGAAAUCUCCUGUGCCAGAGGAUGCAAUCGCCUUAUUUGGCCCUCCACUGGAGACAGCAUUUGAAGAUCAGAAGACUGAAGUGAUGAUAGAGGAACCUGAGGUUUGGGGUACUCCUUUACAUGAGCCAAACCCAGACUCUUCUCUAGGAAGACCUUUUCCUCCAGGACCACUCCCUCCUCUUCCACCCAAGAAUGUGCCGACUUCUCCCCCUCUGAGCAACACUACAAGCCCAGAUUCCUCCGAUGUGAAAGGUGAGGACACUUCAGCAAACCCAUCCAAACCCUCUAUAGCAGACCUGGACAACAUUUUUGGCCCAGCAGAUUCCCCUUCACCUGGUGACAUUGCUGCAGACAAGUGGGUCUGCUUCCAGGAUGAGUCACCUCAAAGACCACCAAUACCAGAAGAGCCAGCCCCUCCUAUACCAAAAUCUCCACCUCCUCCUGAAGAAUCUGCCCCUCCUCUUCCACCACCAGAACCACCCAGAAACACCACACCUUCUCCUCCAGCCCCCAUUCAAUCACCCAAAGAUCCUUCUCCUCCAAAACAAGUACCCAUUUCUCCAGAUGAGGUAUCCCUGCCUCCUCUAGAUGAACCUCUCCAGCCUGAUGCUGAAUCAACUCAGACUAUUCCUGAUACAGAGGCAAAGUCUGGCUCAGUCAAGUCUCCACCUAGUGCUCUGGAGAUAAAUGCACGUACAAUCCCCCCACCCCUGGCCCUUAACCAGGAAGAUAAGAACAACCCUGAGGAGGGCAAUCGAAAAGAGGAUCAAAGUCAAAGCAGUACUUCACCCAAAGAGAUUGAUCAGGGCACUAGAUCAACACCACCCCCUCCACCACCACCCACAUACAGGGCAGUGGUGUCAUCUCCUGGGCCUACACCUGCAGUCAUGAGUGGAGGAAGUGGCAGUGGCUCAUCUUCCCCUGUACGCCCUGCUACGCCAUUGGCUGCCAGCAGCCCCCCUCCUCCCCCUCCUCCUCCACGGCCGCCCUCCCGUCCCAAGCUGGCUCCUGGGAAAGGCAGCAUAGGGGAAGCGAAUCGUCCCUUCAGCCCUCCGGUGCACUCUUCAAGCCCUCCGCCCUUGGCACCACUGGCCCGAGCAGAGAGCACCUCCUCCAUCUCCUCCACCAACUCCCUCAGUGCUGCCUCUACGCCCACUGUUGGUAAAGAGCUCUCCGUGUCUGUGUCAGAUGACGUUUUUGUAGGCAAACUGCCCAGCUUUGAGAGGCGAGCUGACCUCCUAGCAGAGACAGACCAGCCCUCCCUCGUAUGGUUUGACAGAGGCAAGUUUUAUUUAACCUUUGAAGGCUGUUCUCGGGGCCCGAGUCCCCUCACCAUGGGCGCCCAGGACACCCUGCCUGUGGCUGCAGCAUUCACAGAGACGGUCAAUGCUUACUUCAAGGGAACUGAUCCCAGCAAGUGUGUGGUGAAGAUCACGGGUGAGAUGGUGUUAUCCUUCCCAGCUGGCAUCACCAGGCAUUUUGCCAAUAAUCAAACACCUGCAGUGCUAACUUUUAGCAUAACCAACUACAGUCAUCUGGAGCACGUCCUUCCUAACCCGCAGUUACUGUGCUGUGACACCACCCAGUCCAAACCCAACUCUAAGGAAUUCUGGGUAAACAUGCCGAACCUCAUGACCCACUUAAAGAAGGUAUCCGAGCAGAAACCUCAGGCCACAUACUACAAUGUAGACAUGCUGAAAUAUCAGGUAUCAGCGCAGGGUCUUCAGUCCACUCCUCUGAACCUGGCCAUGAACUGGAGGUGUGAACCCACUAGCACUGACCUGAGAAUAGACUACAGAUACAAUGGCAAUGCCAUGACCACACCUGUGGCUCUCAAUAACGUGCAGUUCCUUGUUCCUGUUGACGGAGGAGUCGGUCAGCUACAAGCUGUCCUUCCUCCUGCUGUCUGGAAUGCAGAACAGCAGAGGAUCCUGUGGAAGAUCCCGGAUAUCUCACAAAAGUCUGAGAAUGGAGGAGUUGGCUCCUUGCUGGCACGGUUCCAACUAACGAAUGGCCCCAGUAAACCAGCCCCUCUGGCUGUGCAGUUCACCAGCGAGGGCAGCACACUGUCAGGCUGUGAUAUCGAGCUGCUCGGCUCUGGAUACCGAUUCUCUCUCAUCAAGAAGAGGUUUGCUGCAGGAAAAUACCUGGCAGAUAACUAAUCUGCACCACAGCUCCAUGCAGAAGAGUGUGUCUUUAUGGACUAAAUUAAAUUCACUCAAACCAUAGAAGAGAUGAUCACUCUGAUCUCUGCCAGAUGUUUUUGGGGAUCCCCUUUCUAGAUGUCUGACCCAGGAGGAGGCCACUACGCUCCAGCAGUAUUUUUAGGGUGUACUUCUCGUAUUUGUAAAAUCGUAAACAUUUCAGAACUGUAUUGCUGCUGUUAGACAGCAUGGGUUUCUCCUAAGACUAGCCUCUCGUCUGUCUAACGUCUAUUCGUUAAACUCGUUGGCUGUGGCUGCCUGAAUACGUUCUAUCUCCCUAAACACGCUGUCGCUGUUAAAGCUGUUCAGCUCUAGACACCUUUCUGCCGAUAGAGAAACUUUCCAUCUAGAACCUUGAAGGUGUUUCCAAACUAAUUUGAAGCUUUCAGGUUGAAUAGGAAACUGUUCAGAGUUUGACCUGAUGCUAGAAGGCAGAUCAAUUUAAGUACUUAAUAUAAGUAAUAAAAGAUAAUUUACUACUCAUUCAGGUAAUCUUGAAAAGCUGAAUCAGGCAAAGGAAAGGACAGAGGAUCCACGGUCAAAGAAGAUUUAAACCAUUAAUGUAAAAAGUCAAGUAUUUGUGCUCCUCUUGGCACUGAAAAGUCUUGUCCUGUAUUAUGUCUUGUUUAGGCAGCCACAGCUGAAACUAUGUCUUGCUUGCAAUUGUAUUAAAAAGAAAAAAAAAAAACAAGGAUUUCUUUCAGUUGAGAAAAAAAGCUGUUUAAAAUGUAAUUUUAAAUGGAUAAUAUAUAUCUUGAAGGGCGUUUGGUGUUUUUCCUCAUACUGGUGAAUAGCCUUUCUGUUGUUCCUAAGACAGCAGUGUUAGACUUCUGAGUACAUCACUCUAUUUUUAUUUAUUCCUGAUCAUUUGUUGUACAAAAAAAGAAACAGAAAUUCCGUGACUGUAUAUGUAUCACAGUUUAGGAUCCUUAAAGUUAUAAAUAUUUGAUUUGAUUAUUUUUUUUUGUUAUCUGUGUAGUUGGGUAACCUGUGUACAGUAUAAUGCGGAGGUAUAAUUUUUACAUUUAUUUCAGAUAUAAUUUUUUAAACUCAAGUGCAACAGAGAAUCGAGCUGUAUGUAUAUGGGUGGGGGUAAAAGUGGCUGAAUACUGUAUCUGUGUGGGUGCUCAUGCUUUAUGAAAGCAGUGUUAUGUAUAUCUGCACUAUUAGUUAGAAACACGAAUCAGUUUUUGGACAGUUUAAACCCAUUUACUGUUCACAUCAUUGUGCUGUAUUCAACUGUUCGCAUCUUCCCGUGUAUUUUAUUUGAUGUUUCAAGCAUGAACCCUUGUCAAAAAAACCCAGCACUUGAGUUCAUGGAUUUAUUUUUGAAUCAUAAUGUCUCUGUGAGAUGACAAGGACGAGGUUUGGCGAGUGGUUAGGAAGACCAAAACGCUUUUUUUUUCUUCUUCUUCUUUUUCGUAUGUGUGUGUAUCCCAAGAGAGAAUAAGCUGCAUAUUUUUAAAUGUUAUAAACGAUUAAUAAAGUGAUAAAAUAUUGUUUCUUGUGGAAAGCAUACCACUGUGCUACUUUUGAACUUCCCGUAUUCUCCAAUAUAUGAUACAAAGAACAAAAACUUCCUCCUGUCACAUUAAGUGGUUGCUGUAGAGAAAACACUGGUGCUUUGAGAAAGUUUAUUCCCAUCUGUUUUUUUUUUUUUUCUUUUUAAUUAUUUAUUUUUUUUGCAUUCAUACCUGCUGUACGUUGUGAAGGAUCAGUGCACUUGCCUUUAAACAUUAACACAUUAUUCUGUGUUGCAUUAAACACAUUUUGAGAAUCCUGAGUACAGUUCUCCAGCAGUGGAUGAGUUUUCUCUCUGUAAUCCAAACUGAAGUGUUAUCCAGACUGUGCUUGAGAGGCAAGAAGCUGUGUUGUGUGUCAGUCAGGUACAGUAAUUGAAGUGUGUGUGGUGUGAGUGUGUACUGUAUGUGUGUUUCUGAGGUUGUGAGCAUGUGUGACUGUCUGUUGUUUGAUCAUUCUAGAAUUUUCUUGCCAGCAAAAUGUGCAAGCUAUGUUUGUACAGACGGUGUUAACAAUGAACCCGAGAUUCUUUGCUCUUUCCAAACCAAUAAAAUAACAUGUAAGCUGA